AUGGCUUCGUUAACCAGGUUUCCAGGGGUGGCAUUGAUCACUGGCGCGGGUGGCACAGGCAUUGGAGCUGCUGUUGCGAAGGCAUUUGCUACAUCCGGAUGCUCCCGUUUUGCCAUUACCGAUAUCAAUGAAACAACACUCGCCAAGACUCGUCGAGCCAUAUCAGAAAUCAACCCCCAAGCGAAAAUAUGCUCAGCAGAAGGCGAUAUAUCUGACCCCAGUUUUGUCGAGUCCUUUCUACAGAAAGCGGCGCAGACUUUCCGGCGCGUUGAUUAUUCGGUCCAUUGCGCUGGAAUUUUAGGAACGGCCCAGAGAUCACACGAAACGGCAGUGAAGGACUUUGACCGAAUCAAUAAUAUCAAUUACAAAGGCACCUGGCUGGUGUCACGCGCUGCGAUCUCCCAGAUGCUACAGCAAGACCCAUUGGCCGAGCAUCCAAAGCAGAGAGGAGCGAUUGUGAAUGUCGCAAGCCAACUAGGAAUCGUAGCCAGGCCAGGAGCAGCUCCUUAUUGCGCUUCGAAAGCCGCCAUAAUCAACAUGACAAAGUCUGACGCGAUCGAUUAUUCUAGUGACGACAUUCGGGUAAAUUGCGUGUGUCCAGGAGUCAUUGCGACUCCGAUGACAACUGGUAGCAGAGAAGUGGAAGAGCGGUUGAGGCCUGCAGUCGAGAUCGCCCCAAUGAAGAGAAUGGGUACGCCAGAAGAAGUGGCAGAUGCUGUGUUGUUUCUUUGUUCCUCGCAAGCAUCUUUCAUCCAGGGCCACGCACUGGUUGUCGAUGGAGGUUUUACAAUCAAUUGA